UCGCGGAUUUCGGGAGAAUUUGAGGAGAUUUUGGGGGAUUUUUGGGAAUUUUUGGAAGUUUUGGGGGAUUUUGGGAUUCUCCGUUACCUCUCCACCCCUCACAGACCCCAGAGACGCGUCCGGAGCGGCGAUGGCCGCCAAGGUGAAGGUGGAGAAGCCAGAGCUGGAGGCGGCGGCGGCGCGGCGACGUCUCGACGCCGUCCUGGAGCAGCUCCUGCAGCGCGGGCCCAGGGAGCCGCUGGAGGAGGAGCCUGGGAAAGCCCCCGGGGACCCCCCGGCCAAGGAGGCCUCGCCCAGCGCUCCGGGAAAAAGGCCGCCCGGGCGAUUCCCGCAGCAGCGACGGAAGAAGAGGAGAGAGGGGGGGGAGGGGCUGGAGCCGCCUCCCCAAAAACAGAGUGAGCCCAAAAACCCGGAAUUGUCACCCAAAAACCGGGAAUUGUCACCCAAAAUUGGGAAUUGUCACCAAAAACCGGGAAUUGUCACCCAAAAACCCAGAAUUGUCACCCAGAAUCGGGAAUUGUCACCCAAAAACCGGGAAUGGUCACCCAAAAACCCGGAAUUGGCACCCAAAAUCGGGAAUUGUCACCCAAAAACCCGGAAUUCUGACCCAAAAUUGGGAAUUGUGGCCCAAAAACUGGGAAUUCUCACCCAAAAUUGAGAAUUGUGGCCCAAAAAUUGGGAAUUCUGACCCAAAAUUGGGAAUUGUCACCCAAAACCGGGAAUUGUGACCCAAAAACCGGGAAUUGUCACCCAAAAUCGGGAACUGUCACCCAAAAUCCGGGAAUUGUCACCCAAAAUUGGGAAUUCUCACACAAAAACCGGGAAUUGUGACCCAAAAACCCGGAAUUGUCACCCAAAAUUGGGAAUUGUCACCCAAAAUUGGGAAUUCUGACCCCAAAAUGGGGAACUGGGAAUCGGGGCUGGGUUUUGGGGUGAUUUUGAGGUGUUUAGGGUCAUUUUGGGGUGAUUUCGGGUGGUUUUGGGAUG